AUUUAGUUUUAUUACAUUUUAUGCAUGUUGAAGGAUUUUACAUUAAAUUCGUGUAUGUGUGGGUUAGAGAUUACAAAUGUCCGAAUCGAGACUGCCGAGGGACGUCCGAUUGUUCCGUCUAAAACACUCUAUAUAUAUGCACCGGCUUCUGAUUGGCUGUUUGGUCCUUUCUGAAGACGCAAUAUUUUCCGCCAUCUUUCGUCAAACAACGGAAAUCUCCGACAGAAGAUGAAGAAAAUUGGUUUUUGAGACAAUUACAGGCGGAAUAUGAAAAAUGAACAUGAUUUUGGAAAACAGUUGUAAAAAUAUGCCAGCAUGAGCCGUUUAGAUAUAACCAGUGUGUGAAAAAAUGGGUAAUUUGCGAUAGCCAGUCUCCGUCGUGUUUCCGACAUGUCUGAAGUCGACAUUGCCGAAGAUCUACCGAAUGGUGACGAUUCGGCUUUCGCGGACGAUCAGCACGAUGGAAGCGGCGAUGCUUCAAACUCCGUAGUUCAGGCCGUAGAUACAGAAAGCAAUGGUCAUAACACAAUAAGUGCUGAGCAUGUAUAUGUUGCAACUUCACAGGGUCUCCUGACAGCUGCAGAACACUUUCAAGAAGCAAACGGCCUUAAAACGACACAUAUUGUCAUUCACGAUCAAACUCUGACAGUAGAUUCUAGUGGCCUGAAGACGCCCACCACCCCGAUACCCCCUCCUACCCCUGCAACACCACUAAGUCGAGAGAAGGGGUUGAAAUACCAAUGGGAUGAUUCUGUACACAUGACAAUUUUACCAGUGCGAUGUAAACACACGAAUGGGGAGCUGCACAAAGCUAAAUUUGGUUCAGGAGGGAGAGGACGUUGUAUUCGAGCAUUUGAGGACGAAUGGUUCACUCCUAAUGAAUUUGAGGCCAAAAGUGGACGUGCUAGCAGCAAGGAUUGGAAGCGAAGUAUUCGAUACGGAGGCAGGACAUUGCAGUGUCUGAUCGAGGAUGGUAUCCUUCAGCCCCAUGCAACAUCUUGUACAUGUGCAGCCUGCUGUGAUGAUGAAUCUGUGACUGGUCCGAUCCGAUUGUUUGUUCCAUACAAGAGGAGAAAAAAGGACAGUGAAAGUGAUGCUUCUUCUCCAACAAGGAUAGAAUCUAUUCCUGUGCCUGUUAAUAUUUCCAAAAAACCGAGGAUGAAUUCCACCAAAUCACCAGGACCACCAGUCACACCAGUGUCUUUGGCCAAUGCUAUCACUCUGGGAAAUCAAGUCCCUGUGUCGAUGAAAGACCAUGUAGGUAUGAUGGUAUCCAUAGGCAACAGUAUCAACACUCAUGCACAGGGGCCACAACCAAUCAAAAUGACGAGUGCUGAUGGGGAGACGGUACAGAUAUUUACAACAGAUGCAGCUGGAAACAUCAUCACUGGUGAUGCAGUGAUGAUGACCCCUAUACCUGUGACCCCUAAAGCUCCCCAGACCACUGUGAUGACUGUGCCUGAUGUCUCCGAACAAAGACAAUGGUGGCAACUUGAGGAGCUUGUAAAUGGAGUACUGAGCCAAGCCCAACAGAUAAAGGCUCUGAUUGAACAAGCCAAGCAGCAGAGUCAAAUGUCCCGGGACGCUGCAAUUCAUCAACUAAAGAUGCAGAUGGACAAGGAAAAACAAGAUGCAUUAAAUGCAGCGCGUAUGGAGGCCCAGAUGAGCAUACAACGUGCAGUGAUGGAAGAGCGCGCCCAGAAGGACAUUGCAGUACAGCAGGCAUUGGCCACCGCACGUGGAGAGUUUCAGGAGAAAUUAGACUCGGUGACAGUGGUGACAUGUGAUAAAGUGUCGUACAAUGACUCGUGGACACAUCAAGGAAGCCAAAAUAACAUAGAGAGCAUCAUGGUGACGGAGGUGGAGGACGAUUCGGACAAAGAGAAAGAAUAAGUGGUGUCAUGUAUUUGGUUACUGAGCUUCUUUGGUACAUGAGCUACAUAGGAUAUAUUUACUAACACAAGAAUCAUGCAUUAUUUUAAUGAGAUAUCAGAUGUCGAGUUCAUACAGACAAUGACUUUAAAAACAGAUAUUCAGUCUAAAUUUCUACCAUUUUUGUCCUUAAUGUACACGCUUCUGUAGAUCAUCAGACAUUUGUAAGAGAGAUCAUGAGGAUCAUGUAACAGAUUUUUACAGGAGGAUCAGAUAACUUCCACUUGACUUCCACUAGAAUCAUCGGGUAUUCUGUAAAGCCCGUCACAGGAUCAUCUAACAGAUAUUUAAAGGUGGAUCAGAUAAUUUACACUGACUUCCACUAGAGUCAUCAGGUAUUCUGUAAAGCCCGUCACAGGAUCAGAUAACAGACUUUUACAGGAGGAUCAGAUAACUUCCACUUGACUUCCACUAGAAUCAUCAGAUAUUCUGUAAAGGCUGUCACAGAUUCAUCUAACAGAUAUUUAAAGGUGGAUCAGAUAAUUUACACUGACUUCCACUAGAGUCAUCAGAAAUUCUGUAAAGGCCGUCACAGGAUCAUCUUAACAGACAUUUAAAGGUGGAUCAGAUAAUUUACGCUGACUUCCAUUCGAGUCAUCAGGUGUUUUGUAAAAAAGCCUAAAACAUUUACAGGCCUUUCAAACGAUGCCAUUUAGAUGACAUCUAUUCCAGAACCAUUUCAUUUGUUUUUAGUAAAAACUUUCAUGUUCCGUUUCAUGACUGUUGAUGACCAUUGUCUCAAAAUGCUGUAUAGUUUUAAGGUAUCUUCAAAGAAUGCUUUGAAUUUCAUGAAAAUUCUAUCAAAUCUUCAUGCAACAAGUUUUUAUUUUUGAGCUGUAUUUGAAAUUCCUUACGUGUCUGCACAAAUGUAAGAACUUUUCAAACAAAUGCUUUAAUCAGACUCCCGUCAAAAAUUCAAUAAUUGAAUACAACAACUAGCGGCAUCAUGAUUUUCAACACUUGAAGUAAUCUUUGUGCGACAACUCAAGUUUGAAUGCUGGGCCAGAUGCACCCAUUUAUUUAUUUAAUAGGACUGUUAUGAUCAAGUCUGUCACUCAAUGCUUAGCAAAAUUUGCAUACAGAUGUGUACACAUCAGAUUUAUUCUUUCAUCAUGGAUAAAUUACAAUCAGCGUUUAUUCCACCUGAGCUGGUAUGAUAGAACCACAUCCACCUCUGUGCAAUCUUCCUUGUUUAAGAUUGAAUUGGUUAAUACUUUCCUUGACAUUAUAAAAGUAUAACAAAACAUUUUCUGACUGUUUUUUUGUUACAUCUGAAGCCCAAAUUGUUACCCAAGGCUCGGGCUGAGUUCAACAAUUUGAUUAAGGAUCAACUAAACUUAUAUAUCAAAACCUAAAUCUCGGUCAGCAAUUGUUUUGUUAUAUUACAUAUGCACACCUGUUAUUCCUUUAACCCUCUCGCCCCUAUGUAACUAUAUUAGACUCCACCAUGCAUUGAUAUUGAAGAGUCCAUUAUGGUCAAUAGUGAUAAAGGGUAAAUGUCAGUUAACAACAGCAGUUAACUGCAUAAUGAUUGAUUUUGUAUUAAGAUAAACUGGAGGGAAGGUAAAUCAUUUGUGUGCCUUAGCCAAGUUUUCACUCGUACAUAGGAGCGGCCCCAUAUUGUCAUACCAAUUAUAGUGCAACUGGCUACUGAUAUUCUUAACUUUAAGGAAGAUA